AUGCAUUCGGCUCAGAAAACGAAGUGCACGAGUGAUAGAGCCGAAGAUUUAGGUAAAUGCGUGAAGGGUGGCCCGGAUUCGGGUAACCGGGUGGACAGAUCUGGCUGCGGAGACUCACUGAUGGUGACCGAAGAGAGACAACCGAGAGCGGCUAGUCCACACUGCGUAAAUGAGGAUGAUGACUUGGAAGCGGAGUCCCAUCAGGACGGGCGUAACGUGGAUGUGGACCUGGAUACAAGGUACGUAGAUUGCUCUUCAGGAAAUAUCCUCGUGUUGGAUGGCAGGGACAAUUCAAGUGGCAAACUAAUGCUCAUAGACUUUGAAUACAGCAGCUAUAACUACAAAGGCUUUGACUUUGGUAAUCAUUUCUGUGAAUGGAUAUAUGACUACACAAAUGACCAAUGGCCCUUUUACAAGGCAAAGGUGGAGAGUUACCCUAACAGACAACGGCAAGUGAGUCACACACUGCACUUCAUCAUGCAUUAUAUUAACACCUUCAAAAAUAUAUUGCAAAGGUUAAAAUGUGAACCACGAGCCAGAAUAAAAGAGGAGAUGAUCAUCGAGGCAAACUGGUUUUUCCUUGCUUCUCACUUCCUCUGGGGUUUAUGGUCCAUUAUCCAAGCCAAGAUCUCCAAAAUCGAGUUUGGAUACAUGGAUUAUGCACAGCACAGAUUUGCCUUUUACUUCAAACAGAAGGAGCUCUUUUCCUAA